AUGAUUGACAAUAACAUUACAACGACAGUCGAUCUUAUACAAACAUCAAAAUCACUUAUAGAUGAACUUAGUUUUGUAUCACAAAAUGUUCUUAUUUAUUUACCAUUAAUCUUUUUCAUUUUUGGUCUUAUUGGAUUUAUUGGUAAUGUUUUUACUUACCUUCAACCUCAACUUCGUUCAAAUACUUCUUGUAUCUAUUUACUUUGUGGAUCAUUCAUUGAUAUUAGUAGUCUUUCUAUUAAUUCAUUUUCAAGUUAUCUUGCAUGGCAAUUCGGAUUUACACUACCAUGGUCUACAUCAUCUGCUCUUUGCAAACUCAGUUUGUUUCUCUUAGUAUUUUUGACACAUUUGGCAAUAAAUUUUCUAUGCAUGGCUAUUAUUGAUCGAUUUGCCAUAACCUGUGAUCAUACAUCAUUUAUUCGUCGAAUAACUCAACUUCGAAUAGUACCAUGGAUGAUUGGCCUGACUGUUCUCACCAGUGGUCUUUCUACAUUGUAUGCUCCUAUCAAUUAUGAUCUGUCUCCUGCACAUAUUUGUUUAUCGACACAACCAAUGUUAACAACUAUGUCAAGUAUUGUUCUUAUUCGUUUAGUUCCAUCAAUAACAAUGAUAACAUUUGUUUUACUUACUUAUCGAAAUGUUCUUCGAAGUCGUGGACGAGUGGGUGAUGCAGUUCAACAAAAUCGACCAAAUCUUCGAAAUCAAUUUAUUGUAACUAUAUUUGCACAAAUUCUAGUAACAAUUUGCAUUACAAUACCGUGGAUUAUAAUUCUUUUGUAUUCUACAUUUAAUUCAAUUAGUACGAAAACUCCUGUAGAAGUAUCGAUUAUUAACUUUGUUUUGGGUCUUACUAGUCGCUUUUUUUAUUUAAAUAAUGUCAAAGCAUUUUAUGUUACAAUAUUAACAUCUCGUGCAUUUAGAAAAGCAUUUAUUAGUGGUUUGAACAAUUUAUUUCGUCGUUACAUAAGACAACAAAUGAAUGUAUCAAUGGUUAAUCCAUUUACACAAACUAGAAACAAAAACUAA